CACUGUCACUUCACCCUCCCCUUUGUAAUACAUAUACCAGCCAACAGCAAAAGCUAAAACGCUUAAACCCAACACCACCAAAUAUUUGUCUCUUCUUUCUCUUCCCCCUUUUAGUUUUCUCUCUGUAAUGAAUGUAUAGUUUUUCACACACAAUGUUGGGUUUUUCUCGUUUGUUUAUCGUGUUAAGGUUGUCUGUUCUGCUGUUUCUUGGUUUGUUUUUCUUAACUAGUUCUUCAGAUCUGAAUUCCGACCGGAGCUCUUUGUUGGCGUUACGGUCUGCUGUAGGUGGUCGGACUUUGUUUUGGAAUGCUUCUAAUGUAACCCCAUGUAACUGGGCUGGUGUUUUGUGUGAGAAUAAUCGUGUUACGGUUCUCCGGUUACCGGCGGCGUCGCUCUCCGGUGAAGUUCCGGUGAACACCAUUGCUAAUCUUACUAAGGUUAGGACAAUUAGUUUGAGGUUUAACUGGUUGUCGGGUUCGAUUCCUUCUGAUGUUUACAAGCUUGUUGAGCUGAGGAAUCUUUAUCUUCAAGAUAAUCGUUUUAGUGGCUCUGUUCCUUCUUCGCUCUUUGGGUUGCAUUUGUUGGUUCGGUUGGAUCUUUCGAACAAUAAUUUUUCUGGUGAAAUUCGGUAUGGGUUUAACAAUUUGACUCGUUUGAGGACAUUGUUUCUUGAGAAUAAUCAGUUUUCUGGGGGUGUUCCGGAGUUGAAGCUGGCGAAUCUUGAGCAGUUUAAUGUGUCUGGUAAUAGCUUAAAUGGGUCGAUUCCGAAGAGUCUUGAAGGAAUGCCUGCUGAUGCUUUUGGUGGGAAUUCACUUUGUGGGAAGCCGCUUAGUGUUUGUCCUGGACAGGCUACUCAGCCUGCUAUAGCUACUGGUGGGAUUGAGAUUGGGGAUGGGCAUAAGAAGAAGAAGUUGUCUGGUGGUGCAAUUGCUGGCAUUGUUGUUGGAUCUGUUGUGGGGUUUCUUCUGUUGAUGUUGAUUUUGUUUGUGUUGUGUAGAAAGAGGAGUGGUAACAGUGCGAGGUCUGUUGAUGUGGCAACGUAUAAGACUCCGGAAACAGAAGUUUCUGGGGAGAAACCUAAUGUGGAUGCUGAAAAUGGUGGUGUUGGGAGUAACGGGUAUUCGGUGGCAGCAGCAGCUGCUGCUGCAAUGACAGCUACUGGGAAGGGAGGAGAGAGUGGUGGAAAUGGUGGCAUUAAAAAGCUGAUCUUUUUCGGGUCUGCGAGGAUGUUUGAUUUGGAGGAUUUGUUGAGAGCUUCCGCGGAGGUUUUAGGGAAGGGAACGUUUGGAACAGCCUACAAGGCGGUUUUGGAGAUGGGUACAGUUGUAGCUGUUAAGAGAUUGAAGGAUGUGACCUUAUCUGAGAUGGAUUUCAGGGAGAAAAUCGAUAUGGUUGGAUUGAUGAAUCAUGAGAAUUUGGUGCCUCUAAGGGCAUAUUAUUACAGCAGGGAGGAAAAACUUCUUGUCUAUGAUUACAUGCCAAUGGGAAGCUUGUCUGCACUUCUUCAUGGAAACAAGGGGUCUGGCAGGACACCACUGAAUUGGGAAGUCAGGUCAGGCAUUGCCCUUGGUACUGCCCGGGGCAUUGAAUACCUACACUCUCUAGGUUCAAGUGUCCAUGGGAACAUUAAAUCAUCCAAUGUUCUUCUCACCAAAUCAUAUGAUGCACGAGUCUCAGAUUUUGGCCUAGCCCAGCUUGUUGGACCUCCAACUUCGCCAACUCGAGUUGCUGGAUAUCGUGCUCCAGAGGUGACUGACCUACGCAGAGUUUCCCAAAAGGCAGAUGUAUAUAGCUUUGGUGUAUUGCUUCUGGAGCUUCUUACUGGGAAGCCACCCACUCACGCCCUCCUGAAUGAGGAAGGUGUUGACUUGCCAAGAUGGGUGCAAUCCAUCGUUCGAGAGCAAUGGACUUCAGAAGUUUUUGAUCUUGAGCUCCUUAGGUACCAGAGUGUUGAGGAAGAAAUGGUGCAACUCUUGCAGCUUGCAAUAGAUUGUGCGGCUCAAUACCCCGACCACAGACCUUCGAUGCCCGAGGUCUGUGAGCGGAUUCAAGAACUCCGUCGCUCAAGCUUACGGGUUACUCAAGAACAGUCUGACUCUGUCAAUGAAUCUGAUUGAGGUGGACCUUAGUCCUUUUACAUGUGCAGCAGUACUUGUACUAAAGAGGCACCGUCACCAAUUUACAGAACCCCAUUUAAGCAUAUUAAACUUUCAUGUUAUCAUCUGUUGGUUAGGACCUAUCUCCUUUCAUUUACAUUUAACAAUUUAUGCCCCUUUCUUCUUCCCAUUGUAGUAGAGCUAGAGCCCUUUUCUCAUUUUCCUUUGUGUGGGGGAGGACCAAUCUGUGUUCUUGUUGGGUGGAUAAUGGUUGCUGUAAUUAUUACUUUCAGCCUUUACUUUGCUUUUACUUUAACCAACUUUGUUGAGAACUUAAUACCUACCUUUACUUUGUAUUUUUUUCAUUUAGGAGGUUUGUUGUUUGGUAGUAGUAGACUAGUAUUAGUAGUGGUAGUAAAUUGGUGUAAGUGACCAUGCUUUGUUUGUGGAUCAGGACAAAGUAUCUUUGGUUUCA